CCUGCGCGCGAGCUGGCCGGGCCGGGACCUUAAAGGGCGGGGGGGCGGGCGCGAGCCGGCUGCGAGCGGAUCUGCCGGCGGAGAGCGCGGCCCGCGCCGUGUGCAUAGACCUUGACUAUACUUUGACCAAAAAAUUUGGAUCUUGACAAAAAAUAAGUGACUGCCCCAGCUUAAAACUUAACGCAAGUUUUAAAACUUUAGACUUCUGUUGGUUACACGGAGGAGCUGAGUCCAUCUCCCUGGUCUUUGAGAAUCUUCUGAAUCCACAUCACAAGAUCUUUGAAACCCAGCUUAAUCACCACCAACUUCAAUCAAGAUGCCGCCAGCAAUUGGAGGCCCUCAGGGAUACACCCCACCAGAAGGAGGAUGGGGAUGGGCUGUGGUCAUCGGAGCCUUCAUCUCCAUUGGCUUCUCCUAUGCAUUUCCCAAAUCCAUUACUGUGUUUUUCAAAGAGAUUGAGGUAAUCUUCGAUGCAUCUAGCAGCAAAGUCUCCUGGAUCUCCUCCAUCAUGCUGGCUGUUAUGUACGCAGGAGGUCCCAUCAGCAGCAUCCUGGUGAACAAGUAUGGCAGUCGGCCAGUAAUGAUUGCUGGGGGCUGUCUGUCCGGGUGUGGUUUGAUUGCAGCCUCUUUCUGUAACACUGUGGAAGAGCUCUACUUCUGUGUUGGGGUUGUGGGAGGUCUUGGGCUUGCAUUUAACUUGAACCCAGCCUUGACCAUGAUUGGCAAGUACUUCUUUAAGAAACGUCCAUUGGCCAAUGGAUUAGCUAUGGCAGGUAGCCCUGUAUUCUUGUCUACACUGGCCCCCCUGAACCAGUUUUUCUUCAGUAUAUUUGGCUGGAGGGGGAGUUUUUUAAUUCUUGGUGGCCUCUUGCUGAACUGCUGUGUAGCUGGAUCUCUGAUGCGACCUAUAGGCCCCAAGCCAGAUCAGCUGAAGAAGGAGGUCACAAAAGAAGUAUUGCAGGAAGCUGGGAAGUCCGCUAUGAAAGCGGAUGAAGGAGCUGGCGAUGCCAGUAUGGACCUUAUUGCUGGAAAGACGAAGAAGCAGAAGCUCACAGUUUACCAGACUAUUAACAAGUUCUUGGAUUUGUCCCUGUUUACACAUAGAGGCUUCUUGCUCUAUCUGUCCGGCAAUGUGAUUAUGUUCUUUGGACUGUUUACUCCCUUAGUCUUCCUCAGCAAUUAUGCCAAGAGUAAAGAGUUUGGUAAUGAGUCUGCUGCCUUUCUGCUCUCCAUUCUGGCCUUUGUAGACAUGGUGGCUAGGCCUUCCAUGGGACUGGUGGCAAACACGAAGUGGGUUAGACCAAGGAUCCAAUAUUUUUUUGCUGUCUCUGUGGUGUAUAAUGGAGUGUGCCACCUCUUGGCACCCUUUUCCACCACCUAUGCUGGGUUUUGUGUCUAUGCUGGGUUCUUUGGAUUUGCCUUUGGCUGGCUCAGCUCUGUCUUGUUUGAAACAUUGAUGGAUUUGGUUGGGGCUCAGAGGUUCUCCAGCGCUGUUGGGUUGGUGACGAUUGUGGAAUGCUGUCCUGUGCUCCUGGGACCACCUCUCCUAGGUAAACUCAAUGACAUGUACGGUGACUACAAAUACACAUACUGGUCCUGUGGAAUCAUUUUGAUCGUCUCUGGGAUCUACCUGUUUGUGGGAAUGGGCAUCAACUACCGGCUGCUGGAGAAAGAACAAAAGGCAGAGGACAAGCUGAGAAACAAAGGGAGAGAGGAGGAAACCAAUAUUGAUGAGGUGGAGAAACAAAAAGAUGCCGAGAAACAAAAAGAGGCAAACAAUGAUGUGGCCAAUGUGCAGCAGAAAAACACAGAAGAUGGCAUAAAAGAGGAGGAGAGUCGUAUGUGAGGGACUGAUUUUAAUCCUGGAGGGUUAGAGGAAGUGCUGUUCCUCUAAAAUAUUGUCUGGGGAAAAUGCUGUGCUGGUAGUGAGCAGUCAUCAGAAGUGUAUAAACCAGGUGUUCAUUUUUAAACAAAGCUUUCAGUUGUUUUUCCAUCUGGAUUCAACAGAGGUAACUGCUAAAUGCCAUAUCCUCUUACGUGGGUGGGAAACUUUUUUAUAUUCUGGCUUUUUUUAACAGUAAUAUGAAUGUACUAAUAGGUGCCUUAAAGUAUCCACCUCUAGACUACUCUGGAAGAGCCUUAACGCCACUCUGUAAACCAUGUUUUAGUUAGGUUUUUUGUGACUAAAGCCACAAAAAAGGCUACUGGAUAUUUUGAGGCUCAACUGGCUUCAAUGCUGAGUCUAAAAUGAAUACUGCUUCACAUACUUCUUAACUGCCAGACUCUUAGUGGAAGUUUGGAUAUUUUUGGGGUGGGUUAGUGGGAGGGAUGGUCUUAAAAUAAAAUAAGUCCAGACUCCUUUGGAUGACAGACACAACCUGGCUCUAUUUGUAGGCUUUUCUAGCACCUCUUGAAAACAUUUUUAGCUAUUGUAGUUUUUUAAACAUCCCCCUUUAGUUAAAUUUUCAUGGAACACUUGGGUUGGAAUUGAUUGAAAUUAAUGGAAGGCUUUUUUUAAAUACCUAUCUUCACUCCACUCCUUUUGGGGUGGAGCCUCAUUUUAUUGUGAACAUCCCAUUUUCAUAAACACUUGCUGAUGCAGGAAGGAUUCAGGUUUAGAUCAUCCCACUUUUCCUAGGCAAAGAAAUUUCCAAACUCUCUCUGAUGCCUCUCUUCAAAGUAACACUAUGAAACCAAAUGGGUACAAAUGCAGAAAGUUGAGUUGUUUAGUUAGGAACCUGCUUUAGUCAUAACUAAAGGAAUUGAUGCUGGUACAUAUCGGGUCUGUGCAUCCAUCUUUCCCAUCCUAUUACUGAGUUUGGCUUUGGAACUGGAAGUCUUCCACUGCUGCUUCAUUUAGGAAAUCAGAAUCUCUACCAGUGUGGGCCAGUACUAUGUCCCUUCCUCUUCUCUAGCCCUGACCCUGAGCUUCCUAAGAGGUGGCUUCUCGGUCCUGAAGCUUCCUUUAGACUGUGCACCUCUCCAGGAAAAUAGAGUAUUCAUCCAAACAAGAUGUUGCAAAAGGCUUGCUUAUCUUCUAGUGUGGAUCCUACUCACUUCAGUGGAAGUGAGGUGGGCUUUUACUGAGUGGGUGUCAGUUGUGUUACAUAUUCUCGGAGCCUGUCCUGUGUUCAGAGCAUGACUGGCUCCCUUACUGGUAUGGAUCUGGUCUUGAGUAUGUGGCAUAUUGUCCUGUGCUCUGAGGCCUAAUAUUUUGCACACUAACUGGGGCCAGAUACAGUCAAAUACUCUCAUAUGCCCAUGAGGUAAAAUAGCUAAAGCUGCCCCCUCAAAAAACUCCCCCUCAAAAAACUCUACUUGCUCCUGUUUAAGUGAGAAUUUAAAGCAAUUUCUAACUGCUCAGAUCAAAGACCCUUAAAGUGGGAAGGGGAGCAUAUCUUCUAUUUGUACAUAUUUAUUUUUUAGCACUGGUAAAUAUCACAACUUGCAUGAAGAGUGUUAAGCAGAUGGCCUGUGACCCGUAGGCUCCUGGUGCUUGUGUUUUUAGUGAAAUGUUGAACAGAUAUCCUGUAAGAGGCUUAGGUUUUUGUUUUUCCUCUAAUAAACUUUUGUAUAAUUCAA